UAAAGAUGGCUGCGUACAAAUAAUGAGAAGUUUUGGAUAUGAAUGGCCAGAGCAUUUAAUAUGCUCAAAAUUGCCGAAUGACACUUGCUUCGACGGUGGAUUUUCUAGCACCAAUACUUCUGUACAGCCAUCAACAGCACCAGUAGAAUCCCAGUGCGAACCUCUGACGAUUCCACUCUGUCAAGAUCUAGGUUAUACAUCUACGAUGAUGCCCAAUAUGUUGGGGCAGAACCUUCAACAAGAUGCCCAAAUGACACUACAAACCUUUACUCCUCUUUUGCAAACGCAGUGCUCACCAGCACUGAAGCUGUUUCUUUGUGCUGCUUAUGCUCCAAGUUGCUCUGCAAGUUCAUCACAGAUGCCAUGUCGAUCACUCUGCGAAGUGGCAAGAGAUGGUUGUUUGCCAACUCUGGAAACGUUUGGAUUUGGUUGGCCAGGACCGCUAAACUGCUCCUCUCUCUCAAAUGAAAACUGCUAUGAUGGUGGUUUUUCAACCGAAGUCCAGAAUCCUGAUGGUAGUUGCGAAGACAUCAUUUUACCUAUGUGCCUAAAUAUGUCUUACAGUCAAACACGUUUGCCAAAUGUACUUGGACACACGUCACAAUUUGAUGCAUUGACGGCCAUAAUUGACAAUGUGAUUCUGGUGGGUUGUUCACCUACAAUGCUACCAUUUCUAUGUUCUGUGUAUACUCCAAUGUGCAAAGCAGACGGAAUUGCUAAACCUUGUCGUAGCCUGUGUCAACAAACGAUGUACGAAUGCCAACAAUUGUUAACAUUAUUGAACAUUAAGUGGCCAGAGGAACUCGAAUGUUCCCAGUUCACAGAUGAAGAUCCGAGCUGCAUGACAGACAAUGCUACAG